AUGGUUUCUGUGGAGUUUUUACAGGAGUUACCAAAAUGUGAGCAUCACUUGCAUUUGGAAGGUACUCUAGAACCUGACCUAUUGUUCCCAUUAGCUAAAAGAAACGAUAUAAUUCUACCUGAAGGUUUUCCUAAAUCGGUCGAGGAAUUAAACGAAAAGUAUAAGAAGUUUCGUGAUCUGCAGGAUUUCUUAGAUUACUAUUAUAUUGGUACUAAUGUCUUGAUUAGUGAACAAGAUUUCUUUGAUUUGGCGUGGGCCUAUUUUAAAAAAGUUCACAAACAAGGCUUGGUCCAUGCUGAAGUGUUUUACGACCCUCAGUCACAUACAUCUAGGGGCAUCUCCAUAGAAACAGUCACUAAAGGUUUCCAAAGAGCUUGUGACAAAGCCUUCUCUGAAUUUGGUAUUACAUCCAAGCUAAUUAUGUGUCUGUUAAGACACAUUGAACCAGAGGAAUGUUUGAAAACUAUCGAAGAAGCUACCCCAUUUAUUAAAGAUGGUACUAUCUCUGCCUUAGGAUUAGAUUCUGCUGAGAAACCAUUUCCCCCACAUUUAUUUGUUGAAUGUUACGGAAAGGCCGCCUCAUUGAAUAAAGAUUUAAAACUAACUGCACACGCAGGUGAAGAAGGCCCCGCUCAAUUCGUCUCGGAUGCUUUAGACUUGUUGCAAGUAACAAGAAUCGAUCACGGUAUCAACAGUCAAUACGACGAGGAGUUAUUGGAUAGGUUGUCGCGCGACCAGACCAUGCUAACUAUUUGUCCUCUCUCCAACGUGAAGCUACAAGUAGUCCAAUCCGUUUCAGAGUUACCACUACAAAAGUUUCUUGACAGAGAUGUUCCAUUUUCUUUAAAUUCUGAUGACCCCGCCUAUUUUGGUGGUUAUAUCUUAGAUGUCUACACUCAAGUUUCGAAAGAUUUCCCACACUGGGACCAUGAAACAUGGGGUCGUAUCGCUAAGAACGCCAUUAAAGGUUCAUGGUGUGACGAUAAAAGAAAGAACGGUUUGUUAAGUAGAGUGGACGAAGUAGUCACUAAAUAUUCGCAUUAG